AUGGCCUUGAGACCUGAGGACCCCAGUAGUGGGUUCCGGCACAGCAACGUGGUGGCCUUCAUCAACGAGAAAAUGGCCAGGCACACGAAAGGCCCCGAGUUCUACCUCGAGAAUAUAUCCUUAUCCUGGGAGGAGGUGGAAGACAAGCUCUGGGCCAUCCUGGAGGACAGCGAGGUGCCCAGUGAGGUCAAAGAGGCCUGUACCUGGGGCAGCCUGGCCUUGGGCGUGCGCUUUGCCCACAGGCAGGGGCAGUUACAAAACCGCAGGGUGCAGUGGCUGCAAGACUUUGCCAAACUGCACAGAUCAGCUGCGAUGGUCUUGGCCUCAAACCUGACAGAACUCAAGGAACAGCAGGAGAUGGAAUGCAAUGAGGCGACCUUCCAGUUGCACAUAACCCAGACCAGCCUUGCGGAGGUGCAGAGAGAGCGGGACAUGCUGAGAUGGAAGCUCCUCCAUGCUGAGCUGGCAUCUCCCCAGCAGCAGGGCCAGGCUACAGUGUUUCCGGGGGAUUGGACAGAAGGAGCGGGUGAGCAGGAAAAGGAGGCGGUGGCUGCUGCUGGUGCUGCUGAAGGAGAAGGAGAGGAGAGGUAUGCAGAGGCGGGGCCUGCCCCUGAGGAGGCCUUGCAGGGGCUGGGAGGAGGCUUCAGGCAUCCUCUGGGAGCUGGAGCAGGCAAAUUACACCUUUGGGGGGUAGAGGGAGCAAGAUCUCAGGUCAGUACAAACAGCCCUAUCUUACUUCUCUGGGCCUGGGUCCACAGCCUCACUGGAGCCUCUUCCUGUCCAGCUCCUUACCUCAUUCACAUACUCAUACCCAUGCCCUUUGUCCGCCUUCUCAGCCAUACCCACUAUACCCCCUUCACCAGCAAAGGUCACAGCACCGGUUCCAACUCAGAUGCCUUCCAACUGGGGGGCCUCUGA